AUGAUGCCUGCGAUCGCAGUAUUUGCCUUCUUGGCGCGGUGCGCAUCAGCUGAUACCGAAGUAUUGACUGAGGCUACAUUUGACCAUCUGACUAGCAACGGCGUAUGGUUCAUCAAAUUUUAUGCGCCGUGGUGUGGUCACUGCCAAAAACUAGCGCCUGUGAUUGAAGAUCUAUCGGAAAGUUCUAAGGACGUAAACGUAGCUAAGGUGGACUGCACUAAGGAGCGUAGUAUCUGCGAACGCUUUAGCGUGGGAUCGUAUCCGACGCUCAAGGUCGUGGCUGAUGGCAAGUCCUAUGAUUAUAAUGGCCGUCGCGAUGUGGCCUCAAUGCUGGCGUUUUCGACUAAAGGCUAUAAGAAGGACUUUGGAGAGCGCGUACUAUCCUAUGCAGAGCACGUUGAUCAGCGUAAAUCAGCAGCUGCUGAGCAUGAAGAAAACGAGCGUAAAAGUGCAGUUGUACAACUUAGCACGUCUUCAUUCGAGGAGCAGGUUUUGCCGGGAAAAGGCCCAUGGCUUAUCAAGUUUUACGCGCCCUGGUGCGGCCACUGCAAGCGUCUUGCUCCUACUUGGACUAAACUGAGUCGCACCCUCAAAGAAACUGGCAGCAACGUCCGUGUGGCUAAAGUGGACUGCACCGUACACCGACGCGUCUGCUCGCGCUUUGGGGUCAAUGGAUAUCCGUCACUCUUCUACCUCAAUGACGGACAAGUAUAUAGAUACAAGGGUGGUCGCACGCUUCCUGCAUUCUUGGACUUCGUUGAGAGCGGCUGGAAGACGGCGGAAUCGACUGGUCCGAUUCCUGAGGAAGGAUUUUUCUCUAAGCUCGUUGAUAUGACUAUUGAGUGGGCUAUGGAGCACACCGUGCUUGCAGUCCUGGCGAGUAUCUUAGUAAUUGCCAUCGUCGUGGCUGUUUUGGUGGCAGUACUAGACUACUGGCUUGGUGCAGAUGAUGUGGCGCAGUACAAGAGGGAUUUGAACGAAAAGGAGGCAGUGCUUAAAGAAGGCGAAGUACUUCCACCAAAGGUUGCGUCUGCGGCGUUGGCCAAAAAGACCGGUCAGAAGCCCAAGGACGAGUAA